CACUCGCCCGCCCGGCGCGCCGUGGCCCCGCCCCGGCACCUCCCGAGGGAGCGGCGCCGCCGGCCGAGCGCAGGCCCGGCCAUGACCGACUUCAAAUUGGGCAUCGUGCGGCUCGGCCGGGUGGCCGGAAAGACCAAGUAUACACUGAUAGACGAGCAAGACAUCCCGCUGGUGGAGGGCUACUCGUUUGAGGCCCGGAUGGAAGUAGACGCAGAUGGAAAUGGUGCUAAGAUAUUUGCAUACGCCUUUGACAAAAACCGAGGAAGGGGGUCAGGAAGGCUCCUUCAUGAGCUGCUGUGGGAGCGGCACAGGGGAGGCAUUGCCCCUGGGUUUCAGGUGGUGCAUCUCAACGCCGUCACUGUGGACAAUCGCCUGGACAACCUGCAGCUGGUGCCCUGGGGCUGGCGGCCCAGAGCCGAGGAGACCUCCAGCAAGCAGAGGGAGCAAAGCUUAUACUGGCUGGCCAUCCAGCAGCUGCCCACCGACCCCAUAGAGGAGCAGUUCCCGGUCCUGAACGUGACGCGGUACUACAACGCCAACGGGGACGUAGUGGAGGAGGAGGAGACGUCCUGCACCUACUACGAGUGCCACUACCCUCCCUGCACGAUGAUCGAGAAGCAGCUCCGGGAGUUCAACAUCUGCGGACGCUGCCAGGUGGCACGCUACUGUGGCUCUCAGUGCCAGCAGAAGGACUGGCCGGCCCACAAGAAGCACUGCCGCGAGAAGCGGCGCCCCUUCCCGCACGAGCUGGAGCCCGAGCGAUGACGUGGCGGCCGCGCGGCUCCCGGCUCCCCGGAGGCGGCGGCAGCGGCGGGCGGGCCGGGGUCGCCCUGCACUGGCUCCUGCCCCCGCCCGGCAGCCAGAGGCUCCCCCGGAGCAGAGACAGCUGGGAGGGCCUGCCGGACGCUUCUCAUUAUUUAUAUGUUAAUAUGUUUGUAAACUCAUGUACAGUUUUUUGGGGGGGAGGUGGCGGGAG